UAAAGACAAAGGGAUGUGGGCAGUACUACUUUUUUGUUUGGUUCUGUCUUGUUGCUAUAUCUGUGUAACUUUGAUAGCCAGUACAGGUACCUGUCAGCAACAGGGACACUUUACAAUAAAUGGGAUGCACCAGGAUGGAGACUUUGUCAUUGGUGGUUUGUUUGAUGUUCAGACAUACCUAAAAGUAUACCCUGAGAUAAGCUUCAGAACGCAGCCAAAACUACCAAACUGUGAACUCUUCUAUAUGACAAGCUUCCAGCAAGCACUGACAAUGGUUUUUGCCAUCAGUGAGAUUAAUCACAAUCCCAACUUGCUGCCAAACAUCACACUUGGUUACCAGAUCUAUGACACUUGUUUAAGGCUUAGAGUGGCAUUUCAGGCAGCUACAGCUCUGAUAAGUGGGACAGAGGAGACCAUCUCUGACUUCAACUGUAAAGGCCCACCACCAGUUAUUGGACUCAUAGGUGAUCCAGGAUCUACACAUUCUAUUGCAAUUUCCAGUGUUCUGGGGCUGUUUCGAAUGCCUAUGAUAAGCUACUAUGCCACUUGCUCUUGUUUAAGUGACAAGAAAAAGUACCCCUCCUUCUUCAGAACAAUUCCAAGUGAUACCUUCCAAGUGCGGGCUAUAGUUCAGACCUUGAGGCAUUUUGGCUGGACCUGGGUUGGUCUGAUCUACAGUAAUAAUGACUAUGGUAUCUACGCUGCUCAGUCCUUCCAUCAAGAAAUGCAGUUGUUUGGACACUGUGUUGCUUUUUCUGAAAUCCUGCCCCAAGAUAACAACCCCAGAGUUAUUGAUCACAUUAUGGGAGUAAUUCAGGCCUCUACAGCUAGAGUAGUGGUUGUUUUUUCUGCUUCAUCCUUAUUGAUUCCUUUGAUGAACAAGGUAGUGUUGCAGAACUUAACAAGCAGGCAGUGGAUAGCAAGUGAAGCCUGGGUCACCGCAGCUGUGUUCCGCACACCAUAUUUCCAGCCCUUUCUGAAGGGAACGUUGGGCAUUGCUAUUAGGCGUGGAGAAAUCCAGGGUCUUCAUAGUUUUCUGUUACGUCUUCAUCCCAACAGUGACCAAAGAAAUAAUAUAGUGAGGAUAUUCUGGGAGACCAUGUUCGGGUGCAGUUUUGAAACUGGGGAUAAAGAGACAUUUGGUCAACAAAUGAAAAAGGUGUGUACAGGACUGGAGGAUCUGAGCACUACAAACACACCUUACACUGAUGUUUCAGGAUUGAGGGCAACUUAUAAUGUGUAUAAAGCAGUUUAUGCCCUGGCCCAUGCACUUCAUGACCUGAUGCAGUGUAAAGAGAAGAGAGGACCAUUCAGUGGGAACAGCUGUGCUGACAUAACAGAUCUAAAACCCUGGCAGCUUGUUCACUACCUAAAAAAAGUGAAUUUCACCACAAGCUUUGGGGAUUCUGUAUCAUUUGACAAUAAUGGAGAUGCUCUAGCCAUCUAUGAUGUGUUGAACUGGCAGCCGAGCUCUGAAGGAUCAAUUAAACUUCACAAUAUUGGUGUAGUAAAUGAGGUGGCAACAGGAAUGGUGCUCACACUGAAUAAUGAUGAAAUUUACUGGAACUUUGAGGCACAAAAACCCCCACAGUCUGUGUGCAGUGAGAGCUGUCUCCCAGGCACCAGUAGAGCCAUGAGGAAGGGCUUUCCUGUCUGCUGUUUUGACUGCUUGAUAUGUGGAGAUGGUGAAAUUUCUAACACAACAGAUGCUAUUAAAUGCACAGUUUGUCCAGAUGAAUUUUGGUCCAAUCUAAAUAAGGAUCGAUGUGUUCCUAAAGAAAUCGAUUUUCUAUCAUAUGAGGAUCCUCUGGGCAUCUCGCUGACCACUACUUCCCUGCUGGGAACCUGUUUUUGUGCUCUUGUGAUGAUAAUCUUUACUUUUCACCGUAACACUCCUAUAGUACGUGCCAACAAUUCAGAGCUCAGCUUCCUGCUGCUUUUGUCACUCAAACUGUGUUUCCUGUGUGUGCUGCUGUUCAUUGGUCAGCCCCAGUUGUGGACGUGUCAGUUAAGACAUGCUGUGUUUGGCAUAAGCUUUGUCCUGUGCAUCUCCAGCAUUUUGGUCAAGACUAUGGUGGUAAUAGCUGUGUUCAAAUCCUCUCGGCCUGAGGGCUCAGGAGCAAUGAAAUGGUUUGGAACAGCACAACAAAGAUGCACAGUUCUGGUCCUAACAGCCCUCCAAAUUGUAAUAUGUGCAGUCUGGCUAUCAACCUCUUCUCCAACACCCUAUAAAAAUAACCAGUCUAUCCGCUCUAAAAUAGUCUAUGAAUGUGCCAUUGGCUCAGUGGCUGGGUUUUCUUUGCUGCUGGGAUAUAUAGGAUUGUUGGCAGCAAUAAGCUUCCUACUAGCCUUUCUGGCUAGAAAUCUUCCAGAUAAUUUUAAUGAAGCAAAGUUUAUCACUUUUAGUAUGCUGAUCUUCUGUGCUGUAUGGGUUGCAUUUGUUCCAGCAUAUAUGAGCUCAUCAGGGAAAUAUGCAGUGGCUAUGGAGAUAUUUGCUAUCUUAGCUUCUAGUUUUGGAGUGCUAGUGGCCAUAUUUGCCCCAAAGUGUUACAUAAUCAUUUUACAUCCGGAGAGAAACACUAAAAAAGCCAUCAUGGGAAGAGAAAACAAAAAUAAAUAGUUUAACUUUUUUUGUGAACAAUUAUUCUCCCUAUCUAUCCCAAAGAAAGAGAGACAAAAAUAGAUUAUUCUACAGACACUUACCCAGUAAAGAAUAAGCCAGGUCAAUACAUUUAUGUAUUUCUUUUGCAGUUUAAUUUCCAGAUUUUGAUUGACACACACACACACACACACACACACACACACACACACACACACACACACACAAAGAAAAUGUACAAAGAGUUUACAAAAUCUUGAUUGCAUCUGUAUUUAAGUUUAAAUAUAAGUUGAUAUUGAUAUAGGUACAGUUAUAUUAUUGCAGUUGUUGGUAAAACAGGCAUAUAUGAACAAUAUGAAAAUUAUAUGUGAGAGAGUUCUUUUCUUAGUUUUUUUUUUAAUUAGAAAAAUCCUAGUAUAUUUUAUAGUAUUUACAAACAGAACAAUUACAUUUUAGCAGAUUUCUCUAAAUACAGAUAUAGAAAAUACAUGGUCCACUUUGCUAAAUUCUUGGUUAUAGCACAUGGCAAGUUAUCCAGCUUCCUCUAGUACCCCCAAACACACAACAGGUUUUGAAGUAAACUUUCUGUUUGAUGAGUUGAAAGAGGCGUGUUUGUUUAAAGAGAUUUACAACAUGGUCACUGCUUAAAGAACUCUAAUGCUGUAGUUGAAAUCACCCCUAUCCAUAGGUUCGAUGUGACGCUACAUAGUGCUUCAGCCAUCAUUUUGAUAAAGCAGUUAAUCUGCUGCGGUGCUGAAAUGAGUUUUGAUAUGUUGUUUCAGUAAACUUAAUUACCUAAAUUUUAUAUUUCCUCGCUUAUCUGUGUUUUAUGUAUGGUAGGUUAUGCUAUUCGUUGGUCAUUCAGUUAUUUUAUACCACAUGGAUUUCUUUGUUUUGCCUCACAAAACACAAUAACUUUAAUGAUAAAAGAUUUUCUUUUUUCUACCAGCUUUUUAAAAAUUACCUAAAACCUCUUAAACUAUUCCCUUACUUUACAAGUAUUCAUUCCUUUUCAGAUAAAUAAACAAUUAAAGAAUCUCCUCAUUGGAUAAAUCAUUGUUAUAUUUAUUCUGCUACAUUUAACUAAGAUAAACCCAAAUAUUCAUAUUUAAAUAAUCACAUAUUAUAAAUUAUUAAUAUUUAUACAUUUGCUAAUUUCGUUAUUAAUUUUAGCUGCCUUUUUUCUAUAUUCAUGACCAUUUAAGAAAAUUUUUUAGCAUAGCAAUUGCUUUUUAUGUUGUGUGAAUCAUUUUAUUAAAAUCUGGUUUACUUUGAUUCAUAAUGCUCUUGGUACCAAGAUGAAUUUCAAGAGUUUUUCCCCAAGGCAUUACUUUAAAAAACAAUAGAACUUAGCAAGGUCAAUGGGAAAUCUGCCUUUGUAACCUUAAAGGACAAGUUGGACCCUCACAAGGUCACUGUGCUCAUAGGUGUUUAUUUUCUGUACAUCACCGUUUUAAUAUGUAUCAUGCCCUCCCCUUUCAGCAGCAGCCCAUCACUGGGAAGCAUCCAUACACACCGAAUCAUACACUACUGAAAAUUUUGAUUACCCAGUUUUAAUUUAACUAUAACAAUACGAGCCCUGUACCACAGUUCUUAUCAAUUCCUAAGAGGCUGGAAUUUUCCAUAAUUUGAUAUAUUUUGGCUUUUUUCUUCAUCAAUGUAAACUGUUUUGAUAAUCUACAUUGUAAAGAUGACUUGACUGGACUUCCCUAGCCAUCCCCAUAUACCACAAAAAUGCAAUAAUGAUGAGGCUUCAUCAAAGAAAAGUGACCCUCCAAUGUAAGAAUAUGGUGGAAAAACAUUUGAGUUAUGCUUGCAUUAAUGUUUGUUAUGCACUUGUUUGUUGAUGCAGGCUAUACACAUGACUCCCAUGAGUCAUGGAAUUUCUGGAUUGUUAUGGAAUUGUCAUGAAAUGUUAAACAAAUUUGUUUGUAAUUUAAAAUGAUAUUUCCCAUUUUUAAAAAUGUAACUUUCAUUAUAGUUUUUAUACCGUGUUGUUUCAA